AUGAUUCUGGUGAGUCAUUUUGUGAAAGUUCUCAGGAAAAACGAACAAGUAUUGAGAUCGGCAAGGUUCGAGAGUCGGCGGAAGUCAGCGAAAACGCCCGGAAGAUCUUGAGAACGGUUAGUUUCUUGCGAGAGAGAACGCGAAAUGAGCCAGUUGAUUUCAGGAUGAUUGGCAGGACGGGCACACGGACAAUCGAGGACGACGAGGGAUGGACGGACGCACAGAUCGAAUCGAAUCGACGAGGGGACGAGGACGGACGGAUAGACAGCCGGGAAUGCAAUUGCAGUGCCAGUGAUGAAUCAAAAAGACUGUGAUUGAAAAUAAUCGAGCGUUCAGAACGAUGAGGAGAUUCCGAUUGCGUGGAGUGCACAGACGCUUCCGAUCAGAACUCGCAGACGAGCUCUGUAGUCCGAUGGCAUAACAUUGGACAGAGAGGAAGGAAAUGAGUGGCAAAUGUUCAGGAGAAGCUGUGA